AUGGAUCAUCGACCCAUUCUAUACAGGCCAUACCUCAGCUUCUUCCUAUUGCUUCAUGGGUGGCUGGGAAGAAGAUUGCUUGAGGGUUGGGUCAUUUGGUGGAUAAAUGAUGUUGAAAAGGUGGCAAUACUCGCCUAUGGCGGUCGACCCAUACUCUGUCGACACCUGUUCAAGGCGGCGAACUUCUUCGAUUGGAGUUUCUCAUCUGCCGCCGCAUCUGUUUCUAACCUAAUUCGUGCCAACGUCUUUCCUGGCGACGGAAUUGGGCCUCACAUUGCCAAAUUCGUCAAACAGCAUGGAGGUAUGGAUGGUUCAUGGAUUGAUCUUGCAGCUGAUGCUUCACAAUUUGAUGAGUCCACCUAA